CAAGCCACAAUGGAAAAUUUAAGCAAUGUUUUAGUGUUCACUCUCUCUGGUUUUAAUGAAACAAUGGAGGUACGAUACAUGCUCUUCAGCAUAACCAUUUUGUGUUACAUUGUAAUUCUGUUGUCUAACAUCACCAUUAUUUUCACCAUUAUCUCAGACAGAAAACUACAUAAGCCAAUGUACAUUUUCCUCUGUAAUCUGUGUAUUAAUGCCCUGUAUGGAACUGCUGGCUUCUAUCCCAAAUUCAUGUUUGACCUACUGUCUGAGUUUCAGGUGAUUUCAUAUGCAGGAUGUCUCUUACAAACAUUUGUUAUAUAUUCAUCUGCUUUAUGUGAUGUUUCCAUUUUAACAAUAAUGGCAUAUGACAGGUAUGUGGCAAUAUGUUGGCCAUUAGAAUAUCACUCUAGAAUAACAAAUCACACGAUUAUAAAAUGUAUCAUUUUUUCCUGGCUUACUCCACUCUUUUGCAUUGGCACAUUAGUUGCUUUAACAACCAGACUUACUUUGUGUGGCUCAGUUAUUGAUAAACUUUACUGUGAAAACUGGGCAAUUGUGAAGCUGUCAUGUUCUUCUACAAUGGUAAAUAAUGUAACUGGAUAUUUUGUAAUAAUCACAUAUUUCUGCCAUGCAUUAUUUAUUUUUUGUUCAUACAUCAGACUAAUUGGUGCAUGUCAGAGGUCGACUGAAAAUAGGAGUAGAUUCAUGCAGACUUGUAUUCCACAUCUGGCUGUCCUGUUCAAUUUUGCUGUUGCUUUGCUAUUUGAUCUAAUGUACAGCAGGUAUGGAUCAAGAACUUUCCCUCAAGGUUUGCGUAAUUUCCUGGCUUUGGAACUCCUUUUUGUUCCUCCAAUUGUAAACCCUAUUAUUUAUGGACUUAAACUUACCAAAAUACGCAAACAAAUUAUGAAGUUGUACUUGAGAAACAAUGUUUCCCAAACUGGCUGA